AUGCUUAUCAAAAGUGUUCAAUGUCGUGCAUUAAAUAAUCAUUCAAUUGUUGCUAUUCUUUUUGCUGGAUUUGGUACUCAACUAAUUGAUGUUCUCUUCUAUAUGAAUUUUGCUCGUUUAGGGUAUAUUUGGCCUCAAACACCGCUUAUUUUUAACUUUCGUCAAACCGAUGAUGAUGAUAAUGAUGAUGCACAAGAAAAUGUUACUUAUCUUUCAUAUUUUGUUCAUUUACCCAAUAUAACUCAAAUUGAAUUUGGAACAAAUCAUAUUGAACUUCAAGUAUAUUCGUUCGAUCAAUGUGUAUCUAUUAUUGAUAUAUUUCUUAAUCUUCUGAAAAACUUGUGUUAUAUUAAAAUUAAAUAUUAUCGAGACACAUUACUUGAUAAUCCAUAUUUACGUGACUAUAUUAUUAAAAAACGUCGUCAACAAUUUCCCAACAAUAUUCUUCAUGAACAAAUCAUUGAUGUUAAAAAUAAUGAACAAACUAUAGAAAUUUGGUUAUCAUGA